UAGACUCCAGCAGAAAAGACGUGGCAAGAAUUCACCAGAAAGAAACAAAAACAUGAGCACAGCAGGAAAAGCCAUCAAGUGCAAGGCCGCUGUGCUCUGGGAGCCGAGGAAGCCUUUUGCCAUCGAGGAGGUGGAGGUCGCCCCCCCUAAGGCCCAUGAAGUUCGUAUUAAGAUGGUGGCCACGGGGAUCUGUCGCUCAGAUGACCAUGCGACUGUGGGCUCCCUUGUCACACCGCUUCCCGCGGUCCUGGGCCACGAGGGGGCCGGCAUUGUGGAGAGCGUCGGAGAAGGCGUGACGACCGUCAGACCAGGUGACAAAGUCAUCCCGCUGUUCAUUCCACAGUGUGGGAAGUGCAAGGUCUGCGAGCACCCAGAAGGGAACCUCUGCUUGAAAAAUGAAAUUUCCAAGCCAAGAGGGACCAUGCAGGACGGGAGCACCAGGAUCACCUGCAGAGGGAAGCCCAUACACCACUUCAUAGGCACCAGCACCUUUUCCCAGUACACGGUGGUGGAAGAAUACGCAGUGACCAAAAUCAACGCUGCCUCCCCGCUGGAGAAAGUCUGUCUCAUUGGCUGUGCGUUUUCCACGGGAUACGGGUCUGCCACCAAAGUUGCCAAGGUCACUCCAGGCUCUACCUGCGCCGUGUUUGGUCUUGGGGGAGUCGGCCUGUCCGUUGUGAUGGGCUGUAAAGCGGCUGGGGCAGCCAGGAUCAUCGGAGUAGAUAUCAACAAAGACAAAUUUGCAAAGGCCCAAGAGGUGGGUGCCACGGAGUGCAUCAGCCCACGGGACUUCCAGAAACCCAUCGAGGAGGUGCUGAAGGAGAUGAGUGGAGGAGGUGUGGACUUUUCAUUUGAAGUCAUUGGUCGGCUCGACACCAUCAUGGCUGCCCUGAUGAGCUGUCAGGACUCGUAUGGAGUAAGCGUCAUUGUUGGAGUCGCUCCUAAAUCAGAGACCCUUUCUCUGAACCCCUUGCUGCUGCUGACUGGACGGACAUUGAAAGGAGCUAUUUUUGGUGGCUUUAAGAGUAAAGAUUCUGUCCCAAAACUUGUUGAAGAUUUUAUGGCUAAGAAGUUUCCCAUGGAUUCAUUAAUAACCCAUGUUUUACCUUUUGAAAAAAUCAAUGAGGGAUUUGAGCUACUUCGUUCUGGAAAGAGUAUCCGCACGGUCCUGACGUUCUGAGGUCAUACGAAGGUCACCUUUCCUGGGAGCAACCUCCCAGCCCUUCCGUCAUAAGGACCAUCGCUGAAGGACACCACUAACUCUGGUUUCAAAGAUGCUGUCAAUUACACAUGGGUACUUUCCAAAAAAAUGAUUGAUGUGGAAUCAUUUUCCUAGAAAAUGUGUGAGCUCUUCCUUAGUGAGAGCUAGAUUAAACACCCGCCAGGCUGUUCAUAUUUAUAUGAUCAACUUCUUUCUUAGCCAUCCUGAGCCUGCCAUUUUUCCCUUUGAGCAAAGAUGUUUCUCUUCACUUAUUGCAUUUUGUUGUUUCUUUGCUGCCCUAUGUCCUGAUGUUAACCUACUUGCCCCAGUAAUCAAGAUGAACGAUUGUAUUUGAAACCUUCUACGUCUAUUCCCAUUGUCUGUGUUUUCUUUUCUAUAAAUGUACCAAAACCUGUGGGUAACAGUGAAUCUGGGGAAGGAGACAUUCAGAUUUCUUAAGUGGAGAGGGUCUGAAACUCAAAUGCAAUAAUUUUUUAGGCAAAUACAUCACUUUUCCCUGCGGUAGACAGGAGUAUCUAUAUUCCUUGUAUACUAUUUGAAUGAGUAAUAUAAAAUGAAUAUGUAAAUUACCCCUCUAAAUAAUUAAUGUAUGAAUGUACAUUCCCUUAAAAGUAGUUUCAUGAUUUCACAUGACAAACAUGAAGUUCAGAUAUUAAUUGUGAAACCUGAACAAUCCCUGAGAUAAUAUUUUAAAAAUCUGUAAUUGUGCUUUAUUGAUUAGAUCAUCUUAAUCGUUACAUUGAGCUGAAAAUAUGUUCUAUGAUAAUUGAGAGGUAAUGUGGUGGACUGAAGGGUAGGAACGAGAAUGCGGAAUGGUGGGCCCUGCAGCCCCACGGUGGCUGGGAGACCUCCAAGGCUGCGCCUACUUGCUAAGGGACUGAGUGCCCCAGUGCCCAUGGACAUUUUGGGGGAAAAAUCAAUAUCAACUAUUUCUCUUAAUGACAGCUCUAAAUCCAAGUCUAUCCCUCUGGAAUCUGUUUUUCAGUCCACAGGAGCGUACUCGUGCAUUGUUAGUGCUUUCCUACCGCCAGAGGAAGAUCUGCGUCUUGUACUCUAUCUUUAAAUGCAACAAAAAGCUUGUUCUUCCUGGAUUUUUUGCUAUCUCCAAACAUGUGAUUGCUGACUCUCAACAGAUUUUAUA